ACGCUCUGCCGGGAGCUGCAGAUGCCGAGGCUUGGCCAGGGCAUCUCCCCUCCAGCAAACCCCAGGGCCCCCCAGAGGAUGGGGCUCUGCCUGGCCCCCCUCCUUUACCCCAAAAGCAGGGGUGGGACAGGCUGCCGGGGUCGCGCUGGCGGAGCCCAGCCAAGGCUAAAUAGACUUUCCCUGAGUCACCGAAAGUCUGGCCAAGAAAGCGGGAUGAGUGAACGGCGUCACCCACGCGAGCCGGCGGGGAGGUGGCAGGUGCCAGCACGGCCUAGAGGUGGAAGUCUGCACACUGGGGACCUGCCCCAGACCCCGAAACAGCAGCUGUGGCACCCAAAAUCUCCCGCUGGGGUGUGGGUUUGGUGCGACUCGGAGAGAUUUCCAGCAACACCCCGAUUCAGGCACUGAAGGAGAGGCUGGGGGGCGGUCUUUUCUGCUGGGCGGGGAUGCCAAGUCUCCUGGUUUUGCAUCCCACACCAAGCAGCUGCAUCAUCAUUUGGAUUAGUUUUUUUUUUCUUUUUUGGCAAAAACCAACCCCGGAGCAUUCUACUCCCCGAGGGGGACUGGCAGCAGCAGUGUUUUCCGGCCCGCCCUUGUUCCUGAAAACUCUCUGGGUUUCAUUUUCGAGGCUCAGCAGCCGCUGCUGCCAUGCUGGGGGAAGGCGGAAGCUGCUCAGCCCCACACUGGGGCCCUACGGUGGAGCCUCCAACCCUCCCCUUUCCAGAGGCUGGGAGGCACAAUGUGCUGAAGAUCUGCAUGAUCCAGGGGCUCCCUCGCUGGCAGCAGCAGGCAGGGCUGGCAAGGCCCUAGCCCAAGACACCUUCCCGGCGUGCAGGAGGGACCUGUGUGUGUUCCCCAUGGAGAUCCGACGCGCUUUGCCCCAAGAUAUCCGGGAGCUGCUGCACUGCUUGAAGAUGAAGAGCAAGUACGCCGUCCUCCUGGUCUUCGUCAUCAGCCUCAUCAUCAUCGAGAAGGAGAACAACUUCAUCUCCAGGGUGUCGGACAAGCUGAAGCAGUCCCCGCAGGCACUGGCAGAGGCAAACAGCACCGAGGUCAGCCCAGCACCGGCCAAGAACGGCUCGCUGGCCUCGCUGCAGGAGCUGGACGCUGCCUUCUCCCAGCUGAGGUCCCACCUGUACAACAUCACCCUGCAGCUGGCAGGUGACGGGGACCCUGGGCCACGGCGGCACGUCCUGCUGAUGGCCACCACCCGCACUGGCUCCUCCUUCGUCGGGGAGUUCUUCAACCAGCAGGGCAGCAUCUUCUACCUCUUUGAGCCCCUCUGGCACGUCGAGAAGACGGUGACCUUCCUACCGGGGGGAGCCAGCGCAGUGGGCUCAGCCUUGGUUUACCGAGAUGUCCUCAAGCAGCUCUUCCUCUGUGACCUCUACAUCUUGGAGAACUUCAUCUCACCAGUUCCCGAGGGCCACCUGACGCCUUUCUUGUUUCGGCGGGGCUCCAGCCACUCGCUGUGCGAGGAGCCCGUCUGCACGCCCAGCACCAAGAAGGUCUUUGAGAAGUACUACUGCAAGAACCGCCGCUGCGGCCCCCUCAACAUCACGCUGGCGGCCGAGGCGUGCCGGCACAAGCAGCACGUGGCCCUGAAGACGGUGCGCAUCCGGCAGCUGGAGUUCCUGCAGCCGCUGGUGGAGGACCCUCGGCUGGACCUGCGCAUCAUCCAGCUGGUGCGGGACCCCCGCGCCGUCCUGGCCUCACGCAUGGUGGCCUUCUCUGGCAAGUACGAGACCUGGAAGAAGUGGGCAUCCGAAGGGGAGGCUCCGCUGCGCGAGGAGGAGGUGCAGCGGCUGCGGGGCAACUGCGAGAGCAUCCGUGUGUCAGCGGAGCUGGGGCUGCGGCGGCCGGGCUGGCUGCGGGGCCGCUACAUGCUGGUGCGCUACGAGGACGUGGCGCGGGCGCCGCUGCAGAAGGCGCGGGAGAUGUUCCGCUUCGCCGGGCUGCCCCUCACCCAGCAGGUGGAGGAGUGGAUCGGCAGGAACACGCAGGCUCCCCACGACGGCAAUGGCGUCUACUCCACAUGCAAGAACUCCUCGGAGCAGUUCGACAAGUGGCGGUUCAGCAUGCCCUUCAAGCUGGCGCAGGUGGUGCAGGACGCCUGCGCCCCAGCCAUGCAGCUCUUCGGCUACAAGCUGGCCAGCAGCCCCACGGCGCUGGCCAACCGCUCCUUCAGCCUGCUGGAGGAGGCACAGCCCGCCUGGGUCACGUAACAGCGCGGGGCGACGGCGGCGGGGCGGAAAGAGGGGCUGCGGCCGUGCUCCUGGCCGGUCCGGAGACGACCUGGGGGACCCUGCUCUCAAAAAUGCUCCUCGCUGCUGCCAGAUGGCAGCCCCAGGAGCUGGAGCAUCUUGGCAGAGCUGGCCCCAGAGUCCUGCAGAGCCUGAAUUUCACAAUUUCUCCGGGAAUGGGGAAAUGGUAAUGGUGAGGGGUGGUGGGGUCGGCAACAGGGCCACCUCUCCAGCUCUGGAGCUGCACUGAGGAAGAGGAGAGUGAUGGCAAGCAGAGGGGAACAGGACCAAGCACCUCUGCCUUGCCACCCCCCAUGCCAGCUGGCAUGGGGCAAGGACAAAAUCCCUGUGGUGCCAGCAAGCACCCAGAGACCUUCUUGGUUUGGUGCCUUCAUACACCAGAAGAGACUGGAAACUGCCCACAGAGCCCUGGACGGCACUUGGGCUACAACCAAAUGAGGUGACUAUGGUUUGGUGCUCUUCAAACUUGGUUUUGGAAGUUUGGGUUUAUUUCCUUUUUUCCCUGUGUAUUUGUAUACCAGGUGGAUUUAUUUAUUUAUUAUGUGAAAAAGAGGGGGAGGCUGGUCAAGGAGCUAAGCCUAAAAAUCAGAGCAGCACAACAUACCACAAAGGGAGACACCCAGAACAGAGCUCAUGUUUUAGCUGGAGACCACCAGGUUUUAGCUGGAGACCACCUUCUGUAUGAUCUUGGGUCAGCCCCCAGGGUCUGACAGGCUGUAACCCCCCCAGCCCCCGUGCAGCAGCGACUUCAAACUUCAGCAUCACGGAAAGACAGUCAGACUUAUCUGAUUAAAAACAAAACCACCAGCACAGAGUCCAAAGCAUCUCCUGUCUCCUUAGUAUUGGUGGGUGUCCCCUGCCCAGGGGGAGUCCCAGAAAUAUGUGCUAACAGCACUGAUGGGUGGCCAAACCUGGUAGAGUUUCAGGGUGUUUGCCAUUUGCAGAUGUUGACUCAGUGCCGAGCUGCACCCUCUAAUUCACAUUUCAUUAAUUAAAAUGCCUAUUUUUA